AUGCCUGCUGCUGCUUCUUCGGGCAGGAAGCCGGUCAAGAAGGCGAUGGUGGAAGCUCCUCCAGCUGACGAAACGAGGGACUUGCCAUUGGCAUUCACAUCUUUUCAAGUGCCUGCACCCAUCAACGCCAAGAGUGAGUCGCAAUGAUCGAUGCUUAGCAAGCAUCACCCAAAGCUCACAUGGCCAUCUUCUGCACCCCUUGCACACACCUCCCUUAGACGUAUCCACCACCUUUCUCAAACACGAUUCUCAAUCCUGGUCCGCACGUAGAGGCUUCAACAAUCCUGGGCCUCUGGCACCUGGUAUGGUAGCAAGCAGGGGCCGCAAGCGGAGAAGGGCGACGGAUAAAGAGGAUGCGGAUAGAUCAAGAGCUGCUUCCACAACCGCUUCUGGAUUGGAAGACGAGAACAGCGAUGAUGCCGAUGAGGAAGAGGAGGAUGAGGCGGUAAGUCCCCAAUUCGUGCUGCAUCCAUGCCUAGGCAGAACUCCACCGAUUCACCAUCUCUGUGUCGCCGAGCCAGGACAUCAACCCGGCCUCCAAGACGAUCGUCAUACAUCCAAGCUCCACGUCUUUGCGGAUAGCUCUUGCUACUGACCUAUUCCCAAGAACUUUGGUCAAUGUCAUUGCGCGCAGGGAUAAAAUAGGCGCACCUCCUAGAGCACCGAUCAAGAGCACUCUGCCCAGCAUGAAGCUGGAAGGAGAAGAUGCUGAGGAAGAUCGCGCUGAGCCCGAGAAGGAUGUUAUUUCUUCGUCUAAUCGUAAUGCUCAGGAGGAGGAGAUGGAAGUGGAUGGGACGCGCAAGUCUUCUGUGAGUGUUGCGACCGUCAUAGGCGUCGAUCAGAGCUGACAGUCAUGACGCUUGGUGCGAACAUGUCUAGCUGAGCAAAAAGAUUGACGUCCUCCGCACCGACUUGCGAAAGAUCAUGCGGGCGAUGAAGUUGAGGCCAGUGACAAAUGGUCGCGGUUUAGCAGCACAGUACAACGAAUCUGCGCGUAGCGAAAACAUACCGGGCCAUGCGGAUGUGACUGGUGUGGAGUGGACAAUGGUGGUAGACGAGGAGACGGACACAAUCCUGGGCCAAAGAGCGACUCGACUGCCUCAGUACUCUAGCGGCAAUUAUCCAAACGAUGAGCCCGUCGACAGACCGUGGGAGCUCUUCUGGCCUUUCAGAGCAGGCCGGCUCAACAUCGAGCCAUAUGUCGAGCGGUAUGGUCAAUCGGCUGCUUCAUCGGCGCUCAGCAAAGACAUACAGAGUAUCCUUCUUCAUGCUAUUAGUCUGCCUCGCGAUGCAUCGGAAAGCGCUUCAAAUGAGGAGACACUCGCAGAUGCGGAGGAAGGCUUGGGCAUAUCUCCAAAGGACCUGCACCUUUACAGCGCCGUUCUCGUCGUGCCCGAUCUAUACAGCCCGACUGACGUGGAGCAGCUGGUGGAUCUGCUCCUUUGCGAUCUGAAGUUUGCGGCGAUCUGUGUACAGCAAGAGAGCGUGUGCGCGACAUUCGGAGCAGGCCAAUCCGGCGGAUGCGUGGUUCAUCUUGGCAGCGAAAGAAUCGCUAUCAGCUGCAUCGACGAAGGUCUGGUCUAUCCCGAAAGCAGAAUCUCGCUCGCAUAUGGAGGCAGAGACGUCUCCUUGUUCUUCGCUCAGCUCCUCAAAGCCGCCAAAUUGUCCUACGCGGAAUUGGAUCCUGAUCGUCGACUAGCUGAUCGCUGGCUCAUCGAUGAUCUCAAGCAUCGCCUUUCGACUCUAGACGCCACCCAACUGGGACUGACCAUCACCGAGUUCUACUUGCGCCUUCCAAGCAAGCCGACUGUGAAGUACACCGUAAGGACUUAUGACGAAGUCAUACUAGCACCCAUGGCUCUCUUUAGCCCUCGAGUUGUAGACUUUAAGAGCAAGCAGCAUCUAGCGCCAAAGACGAUGGAGAACAUUUCGAGGGAACAGAGGGAUGAAGGAGAGAGGGUGGCUGUUGGCUCUGGGUCAGAUGUCGCCAUCACACAGGCGAUGAAGGAUUGCGUUCAACAUCUCCUUCCCGUUCCCGUCGUCAAUACCGCGACCGAGGGCACAGCCGACGCUGCACCUAUGGAAAGGUCAGCAAGCACUACCAGCAACAUCGCCUCCGCUCACCCAGCUGCAGCGACAGUCACAACCCCGGCUGCGAGUGCGAACAAAAAUAGCGCUAGUCCCAUGCCACCUGGUAUGCAAAGCCUUUUGCUCCCCAACUACCAAGAAGGCAUAGCGGGCGCGACCAAAUCGGAAGAGGGGGGAGAGACCAAGGCUAACGGUGGAGCAGAGACGUCUCGCGCCGACACGCCUUUGCCCAAGAAUGCUGCUGGCGGCAACGCCCCAGCAGCUACCUCGUCGUUGGCCGCAGGCACAGGUCAAGGCAUAGCAGCUAUAGAUGUGCCCUUUGAAGCUUCCAAGGUACCUCUGGAUGUGGCGCUUUGGAACUCUAUCAAAUCUUGCCUGACUUCGCAGCUUUCGCCGGCUGCUGCCGAGGAGAGGAUAAAGAGGCUGGCUGGAAACAUCCUCUGCACAGGAGGAUCCGCUCUUAUUCCUGGUCUGGGUGCAGUUCUCGAAGCGAGGUGAGUGUGUGUGCGCGCGCGGGCGCCAAACUCCUGAACGAGGCGUUUGGCUUCGCCUUCUCGUGAUCGCUACGUUGCUCACGCUUGCUCCUUGUGACGCACAUCAGGCUCAAUACGCACCUGGAAAGCUGGGCAGCUACAGAAUUGCAAAAAGAUGCAGAUUCAGCACCCCUUGCCACCGUCAUUCCCUCUCCUCGAGAUAUGGACCCAAGAAUAUUAGCCAGCAAAGGAGCGGCCGUCUUGGCUAGGCUGGAAAGUGUUGGCGAGCUGUGGGUGUUCAAGGAGGAGUGGGAAAUGUUUGGCUGGAGGGCUUUGCGUGAGAAGAGGUGAGUGCUUGAAGACUUGUCGAAGACCGGGAAUGGAACCACGGACCCGCUAAAGUCUGUCCCUUCGAACUCGGCUUCGGCACAGCCUAUUCCUUUAA